AUGGUGGUUCGUUUGCAUCAUGUCGAAAUACGUUGUCAAAAUCUUCAGCAAAGUUUGAGGCAAUUAUGCGGACACUUUGGGUUUAGAGUGCUUGCUUCGUCUUCCUUUCCUAAUCGGGUCACUCUGAACCGGGACUCUAUAAACUUUGUUUUGAGCGAAGGCGCCGGUGAGCGAGACACCGUUUACAAUGUUGCCCUUGAAGUCAAAGAUGUGAAAAAUGUGGUGGAUAAUGUGGAAAGAAAUGACGGGAAAAUUAUUAAAAGACCAGAAACAUUGGCUGAUAGCAAUGGAGUGGUGGAAUCUGCCGUUAUACAAACUCCUGUAGGGAACGUUGUUCACACAUUGUUAAAUGCUUCUGGUUACAACGGUGUGUUUUUGCCGGGUUUUCAUCGAAGUGACAAGAGAGCGUUACGCGAAGGAUUUGAUUAUGUAACCCCAUCGAUCUCGUCAAACAAGAAUACAGUGAUUGGCGAUCGUAUUUUAACACACUUUGAUCAUAUUACGUUUGCAUGUUCGUUAGGAACUUCUCAGGCGAUAAUGAAAUGGUAUGAGCGAUGUUUUGGGUUCAGUAGGUUUAAUAUCAGCUCUGACGAGAAAUCGGACGGCUUCAUUGUGCAGAGCUCAAUACAAGGAGCGAGCAUCGGGAUGAAGUUGGCAGCCAUGCAGUAUUGGUUUUGCUCGGAAUCAGAGCUGAGAAUAGACACCGAUGAACCAGGAGGAGGCGUUAAGUUCGUUUUCGCAGAACCUCUCCCUGGACAAGGUCCUAACCAGGUACAAACAUUCCUAACAGAGCAUGGAGGACCAGGCAUACAGCACAUAGGUCUGCAUACACCAAAUAUAACUGAAGCUGUUGCUGCAUUAAAGGAAAGUGGAGUCAAGUUUAUUGAUCCUCCAUCUGCUUAUUAUUCUGAGGAAGAUAAAGUGCAGGAAAUAAGAGAUGUAGGAGAGAGUGUGGAGUCUCUCCAGAAACAUGGUAUUCUGUUGGAUGCAGAGAGCUUCACCUCUAGCAAAAGCACUGCCUCAUCUUUGGAAAAUAUGAAUGUAAACCAAGAUGCUGACAACAAAUAUUUGAUGCAGGUUUUUACUAGACCACUUUUUAACAAAGAAACCUUUUUCCUGGAGGUUAUCCAGCGAUGUGGGGCUACAGGAUUUGGAGCAGGCAACAUAACUGCUCUGUGGAAAGCCGUUGAUUCAUAUUUGAAUAAGAAGAUCUAAUUAAAAAAAUUUUUAAAAAUUAACAGACAUCUCAAUUUUGAGGGUCCAACAUAGGUUUGGCAGGAUGUGGAAUGAGGCUUUAAACUGAGGCAGAAUGUGGGAUCUGAGAAAUUUUAAAGGCAAGAUGUGGGAGUCAUGACCUCAGAGACAUGAAAAAGUAUUUAUUCUCUGUUUAAAAGGGCUUAAUGACUCCUAAAAAUGGAGCGUAAAAGUAAAAUGAAAUUCCCAUGAUUUACUUAUGUUUCAUGAUUUGUUUGCUUGGGUAACACGUGAUGCAAGUCAAUAAAAACCAUGGCAAAAGUAAGGUGAUCAAAAGCUUCAUGAGCAUGUUGACUACAUUGCCACAAAAUAGCGAUUUCUGCGUCAUCCAACACUAUAGUGGCACUUGUCCACUGCUAGCUGGACCGCACAAAAUCCACUGAUCAAUACAAUGUACUGCACCAAACUUCUU